AAAAUGAUUGAUAACACAGGCGUGACUGAUAAUAACCGUGAAAAUUUUCUUGUAGUUUUCGGUUUCUGUUUUUCAAUUAAAAUUUGCUUGUUGACUGUGAGUGCAUUUGAUUAUCUUGCCUUGAAAUGAGAUUUCCAAAAAAAAUAUUCACCACAAUUUACGGAAAUGAAAUUUGGACCAACAUAAAACUCAGGCGAUUACCGAUCCAACCAGCAGCCGGCGGAGGAACACAUUUUCCUGCAGCCCAUAAGUCGAUCAGAUUAGCUAGAUAUGGAUGCGCCAAUAGACCAUUUUAUCACAUUAAUGUUGCCAUGGUUCGCCGACAUCAACACGAACGUCCCAUCGAACAACUUGGUGUCUAUGAUCCGAUGCCGAAUCAAUAUAAUGAGCAAUUGGUCAGCAUAAAUAUCGAAAGACUGAAAUACUGGAUGGCCCAUAACACUUCAUUAUCUCCUCCUGUAAACGAAUUACUAGGUCUUGCUGGUAUCUUACCGAUUCACCCGAGAGCGUUCACAACUGCUUGGCGAAACAGAAAGAAGCAAUUGAAGGAGCUAGAAGAAUCGAAAGCACAGAAAGAAAACGAACAAGAGCAGCAAGAAUCUACUGCCUGAUUUAGUGGGAAAAAAUAUCCUGUAGCAGCCACUUGUUUUGUUUUGUUAAUUAAUAUAUAUAUUUUUUUAAUCAA